AACACAGUUCUGAGAACACUGUCGGUGUCCAGAUUUUUUCUUCUUGAGAUAUAUAAAAUCCUACCGAAUAUGGCUUAUUCUUCAAUUGUAAGAAAUACAUUUCACAAGAUUCGAUUAUCUACUUCCUUAGGCAAGAAUCUAGGAACAAGAUCGUUGGCAGAAGUUCCGUUGAGGCACAGUUCUUCAAAUGCAACAGAACAAAAUGAAUCUAUUAUCGCUAUUCAAGAAAUGCACAGAUUUAUGAAAGAUUGUAUGUUAGCUGUUGGAUGCACAGAAACAGACUCUAAUCAACUUGCAGAAACAUUGGUUCAUGCCGAUCAUAGGGGACAUUAUUCCCAUGGCUUGAAUAGAUUAGACAUGUACGUUGAAGAUGUUCGUUGUGGAGCGACUGUAUCAGGGAUUGUGGAGCCAAUUAUUAUUAAGGAAACUACAUCAUCAGCUUCCGUUGAUGGAAAUAAUCUUUUAGGGCCUGUUGUAGGAAAUUUCUGUAUGCAAUUGGCAAUAAAGAAAGCAAGAGAAUCGGGAAUUUCUCUUGUUGUUGCUAAAGGAUCAAACCAUUAUGGUAUUGCAGGACAUUACUCUUUACAAGCUGUUCGUGAAGGAAUGAUUGGCAUAUCUAUGACAAACACCUCUCCGUUGGUUGUUCCUACGCGGGCUAGUGAAUGCAUUCUUGGAACCAAUCCAAUAGCUGUUGGUGCUCCCGGGUUAGGUGAUGAUUGCUUUGUAUUAGAUAUGGCUACGAGUGCAGCUGCCCUUGGAAAAUUGGAGUUAGCUGACAGAAAGAGUCAAAAAAUUCCAAUUGGUUGGGGUGCAGAUAGUACUGGACAAGCGACCGAAGAUCCAAAAGAAGCUUUGAAGGGUGGCCUUAUGCCUUUAGGAGGAAUUGAAUAUACAUCAGGUUACAAAGGAUUUGGGCUAGCAAUGCUUGUAGAAGUUCUGACAGGUAUCCUCUCAGGUGGAGCAUACGGGCCAUUCGUGAGGAAAUGGAAAGUACGUUCAAAAUUGGCUGAUUUAGGACAAAUGUUUAUGGUAAUUAACCCUAACUUUUUCCCCGAUGGCUUCCGGGAGAGAAUGCAAGAGUUGAUGGAUUUCUUGCGCCAAGCAAAUACUGCUCCCGAUGCUAAAGGAAAUGUACUUGUGGCGGGUGAUCCUGAAAGACAGAAUAUUGCAAAAUGUGAACGAAUAGGAGGAAUUCCUUAUUCGCAAGUUCAAGUUGAUUACGCAAACAACUUGGCUAAAUUGUUACAGAUAGAUCAGCCUAAAAUUCUAUAA